AUGUUUCUGGUGGUUUCUAGUUCGUUUAAUGAGAUUAAGCUUGUAAACACAAAAAGGCUUUCACAUGUCAUCAUCCAUAAGUUAGACAGUCCACCUGAAGCCACGGUUAACAGUCAGGGAAACCUGGUCAAGUUUUUUAGUGUCUUGUCGAGUGUUCAGGUCCUAACAAUUGUUGGCCACUUCAUGAAGCCGUGCUUGCACCUCUGCACCCUCUCAAUAUGCACCAACAUGACCAAUCCAGACCAGAUGCUAGCAAGUUUGUGUCGGAUGAGAAGCUGCCCUACGUUACAAGACCUGGAACUUAGGGCUCCAGACGGUGAGGAAAGUGGUUUGGCCGUUGCAAAAGAACUUUCUGGAAGGAUGGACACAUAUAGAAGCAUGUUUAAUCAGCUUUCUGUGAUUACGUUGAAAAACGUCACUGACCUCAACGUCGAACGUGAGUACAUCCGGCUACUUCUCUUGUGCACACCAGUCCUUCAGCGCAUGGCACUCGUCCAAGGUUGGGAAUGUUGUUGUUCACUACACCAAUGGCUUGUUUCAUGCGACCGCGCCUCUGUUUGUGCUGACAUUGUGUGCCAAAAUCUGUGUGCGACGAAUGUAUCUCUGGGUGCUGAGUAA